AUGAUCAAACGCCCCAAGUAUCACUUCCACACUACCAACAACAUGGAUGAUAUAAUUGAUCCUAACUCCAUUCACACUAUGCAUAUGUCUUCAACAAGGCCUAAUCAAUCUUUAUCACCCUUUCAACAAUCUCAUUUCAAUUACCCAAAUUCAAUAAACAGAAAUUCAAUUGAUGUCGAGUUUCCAACAUGCUCAGACUAUAAUGCUAAUUUAGCCAAUCAGAAUAAAGCUUCUCCACCCAAAAAGGAGAAAAAGAAAGUGAAACAUUGGACCAAAGAGGAACAUGAGUUAUUUCUACAAGGACUCCGACUGUAUAAUAAAGGAGAAUUGAAGAAUAUUGCAAAACAUGCUGGUACAAGAACUUCAACUCAAGUUGCCAGUCAUGCUCAAAAACACUUCAAUCGCCAAACUCUUACCCCCGAAAAGAGAAAAAGAAAAAGCAUCUAUGAUAUGACCUUAGGGGAAUAA